AUGGCUGCAUUCGACUCUUCGAGCCACAAGACGACCGAAAAGACAGUGGAGCCGACUGCUUCAGGUUGGGUUUCCGAUGUCGACCAUGGAGCUGAAACGGAGUUGCAUCGGACGCUGUCCACCCGGCAUAUCACCAUGAUUGCCCUGGGUUCUUCCAUUGGUAUGGGUCUCUGGCUGGGCAGUGGCACGUCGCUGGCCAACGGAGGCCCUGCUGCCAUAUUCAUCGGUUAUAUCCUCUCUGGUACCAUGAUCUGGGCGGUCAGUCACUCCAUUGGCGAGAUGGCUGUCAUGUAUCCUCUCCCGUCGGCUUUUGUGCAGUGGACUUCCAUGUUUGUCGACCCCUCGGCGGCGUUCGCGCUGGGAUGGUCAUAUUGGUUUAAUUACUUCAUUGUCAUUGCAAAUGAGCUGCAGGCUGUGAAUACUGUCUUGACCUUCUGGACGGAUAAAGUGCAUGUCGCGGCGUGGAUUAGUAUAUUCUGGGUGGUGAUUAUCCUCAUCAACGUGGUCGGCGUCAAGUUCUUCGGCGAAAUCGAGGUGAUCUCAUCGACAAUCAAGUUCUCGUGGAUCAUUGUCGUCAUCAUAUCGCUCAUCGUCGUAUCCGCAGGAGGCGCUCCCGCCGAAGGCCCCAUCGGGUUCCGAUACUGGAACUCCGAGCCAUUUACCAAUGGCUUCAAAGGGUUCCUCUCCGUGAUGCCGACCUGCAUCUUCGCCAUGUCCGGAUCCGAGAACUGCGCUCUCGUCGCCGCCGAAACCACCAACCCGCGCAAAUCGGUCCCGCGCGCAGUGGGCUCGAUGUGGUUGCGUCUGUCGCUGUUCUACGUCUUGGGUUCGCUCAUGAUCACUAUCACAGUGGACCCCAUGAACGAGGAUCUAUUCGGUGCUUCAGGUGUCAACGCUUCUCCCUUCGUUAUCGCCUACCGGAACGCCGGGUUAGCUCCUCUGGCUCAUAUCAUGAACGCUGUCAUCUUUAUCUCUGUCGUGUCAACCGGAAGUAUCUCCGGGUAUGGUGGAGCUCGUACACUCAUGGGUAUGGCUCAUCUUAACAUUGCUCCUAAAAUUCUCGGCAAAGCCGAUAAGGCAGGUCGUCCCCUUGCCGGCCUCGGGAUCACGCUCCUCAUCGGCGGUGGUCUCGCGUAUCUCAACGUCAACAACAGCGGCGCUGAAGUCUUCACCUGGUUCUCCAACCUCACCUCCCUUUUCACGCUCUUCGGCUGGGGUAUGAUCUGCCUCUCCCACAUUCGGAUGCGGUACGCCUGGAGGCUCCAAGGCCGCCACCCAUCCGAGCUCCCUUGGAAAUCAUGGACGUAUCCAUACGGCGCAUACUGGGGUCUGUUGUGGUGUAUUCUGCUCAUUAUUGCGGAAUUCUAUCUUAGCUUGUGGCCGUUGGGUGGUAAUCCGAACGCAAAGGACUUCUUUGCCAACUAUGUUAGUGUGGUUGCAAUCGUUGUGAUUUAUCUUGGGGCGAGAAUUUAUUAUCGGGGAUCUUGGUGGAUCGAUGCCAGUACGAUUGACCUUGACGGGUUGAGGCGGUUCUACUCGGAUAGAGAUUUAGAGGCGAAGGGGGAGAAAAGGGGUGGGAUACUGGGAAAGGUGGUUGGUGCUAUUACGGACUAG